AAAAAUAAGUUAAUCGAAACAGAUUCGAAGUAGAGCGGUUUGAAACCAUUUUUGAAGAGUAUUACGGCACUGAUAAUUGUAAGUGAAUUGUAUUGAAGUUGUAACACAAACAUAUUAAAUAAAGAUAUUUUUAGUUCAAGCUGAUCAACGAAAACAAGGUCUUUUGAUCUGCUCUGAAGCACAGUGCCUUGAGUGUGGUUGAACCAACUUAACAAACUUGAAAAUUAUCAUACAGUAACCACUACAUACCAGAAGAAAUGCAGAAAACGGAGCCAAAAUAAAAGCUACGCAGCCGUCCAGCAAGGAUUAUGAACGAAAUGCAUCGGGAAAGAACGCGCGGAUGAGCAAUUCUACACCGUCGGAAGUAUUGCAGCUUCAGCUGGAAUUUUUGCAGCAAGAGCAGUUCAUCAAACUGAAGGCAAUCGCAGAUCUUGAGACGGUGGAACUAUCGUUUGCACGGAAGCGAUACAACCUACUCAGGUCACAACUGAGGGUAGGUUUCGAUGCUGUAGAUGUGGAUGAGAUCGAGUUCAACUGUCUCGACUCAGAUGAAAUUGUGAGCACUAUAGAAAAUGAAAAUACUCCAGAUGCCUUUGAGUACGCUUCUUCGAUAAACGAUUCGGUGUCUGUGACAUCAAAUGCGGCGCCAACAUCGGAGCAAAUUUGUGCGCGCCAGGUUAUGUCGGCGGAUUUGCCCACUUUUACGGGAGAUCCUCAAGAUUGGCCGGUAUUUUACAGCCAAUACAAGCACACCACUGCCGCUUCUGGUUAUAGCAAUUCCGAAAAUCUGGUGCGAUUGCAAAGGUGUGUGAAAGGGCAAGCACUAGAAUACGUACGUAGCCGUUUGCUCGUGCCCGAGCUGGUGCCAAAGGUUAUGGAAACACUGGAGAUGUUGUAUGGUAGACCGUCAAUAUUGGUCAAUUCGCUAAUAAAUAAAGCACGUGAAAUCUCUCCGCCAACGAUGGAUCAUUUGGAGACGAUCAUAGAUUACGGAAUGGCAAUUCAGAACUUGUAUGAUCACCUGAUAGCAAUGGAUCAGCAGGUACAUUUGCGGAACCCAACUUUGUUGGCCGAAUUGGAGUCAAAAUUACCAGGGGAAAUGAAACUCGAAUGGGCUCGGUACAAGCGAGAGCAUUCUCCGUCUUCACUUCAAACGUUGUACGAGUUCAUGAAUGAGCGGGUUGAAGCUGCCUGUGAGCUAACUCACACUGGAAUAGAGCGACACACAUCUAGAUUUCCAGUAGAUGAUUCGUGUUCUGAAGAUGGAACACGUCCAUACUGGACUUCGUCCGAUCACAAUAGAAGCUGUCUGAUUUGCAGAAGACAAAACCAUCACGUUGAGGACUGCGAGGAGUUUAAAUCGUAUGAUGUGAGUCGCCGUUGGAGGCUUCUAGGAGAAUUGAAAUUGUGUAGAUGUUGCCUCGGUCGGCACACCACUAGAGUUUGCAGAAAUGCGAAUGAAUGCGGGAAAGACAGGUGCAAGCUUAUACAUCAUCCUCUAUUGCACCAAGAUAGAAACUGAUAGGGUAACCAGAGCGCGCUAUGAAGAAUAGUUAGUAAAACUUCAUCGAGCAUGAAGUAUUACUGGGGGGGAGUGUUGAAGCGCCAGUGAAUACUGGUCACCCUAGAUCAAUGCAGUCGCUAUUGAGUUGGAUGGAAUUUAUAACAAAGGAGGAAGGUAGAUUGGUGGGCUCCUUCAGUUGAAGCGAGUUAAGUAAAUUGAAAAAUAAGUUAAUCGAAACAGAUUCGAAGUAGAGCGGUUUGAAACCAUUUUUGAAGAGUAUUACGGCACUGAUAAUUUUCAAGCUGAUCAACGAAAACAAGGUCUUUUGAUCUGCUCUGAAGCACAGUGCCUUGAGUGUGGUUGAACCAACUCAACA